UUAUCUUGAAAUGUGUAUUACGCUAUUGCUGGGAUUAUAUUUAAUUUUUUUGUUUUCUUGUUUGUGUUAUUUGGCACCACUCUUAGUGAUACAUUUUCUCGAUAUUUCACCGACAGUAAGUAUAUAGAAUAUGUAUAUAGAAUAUUGAAUUAUGUGAGUUCCCACAUUGAGCAUUAUUUUUAAUUAAUAGUUAUUGUAAUAUAAUUAAUUAAUUAGUAAUUAUAAAAAUAUUAUCACACACACAUGAAAAGGAAUGCGAGGAUUGUUGGAUGAUGAAAUUAGAGGACAGCACUCUUAGAUUAAGGUUUAAAAAUGCUGCAUUUAUCGUGAUGGAAAAUAUAUUAGCAAGUGGUUACGGUAAAUUCGUGAGCGAGAAAAAUGUUCAUAUUAUUUUUAAUAGUAUUCUUAUGAUUAUCGGCAGAUUCGUCGUAUGCUAUAUGUUGGUUAUGUUCCUUCGUAUCAAGGCUGAAAGAAAAGCAUCCGAAGCAAAAUUUCAAGAGCUAAUAGAUCAAGUAAAAGCGUAUACGAGACAAAAGCAAUUAUUGCCACAUAUGAAGAAACGUCUCUUAGCUUAUUAUCAUUAUCGUUUCAAGAGUACUUAUUUUCGCGGUAAACAGAUUUUAUCAGAACUGACAGAACCAUUACGCGAAGAGAUCGCGCUUCAGGCUUGCCGACGAUUAAUCGAGAACGUAGCGAUCUUCAAGAAUUUGCCGAAGAACGUUCUGCAGUCAAUAGUGAAGAAUUUAAAGUUCGAGUUGUAUCUGCCGAAUGAAGUAAUCAUCAAAGCUGGCACUCAGGGUGAUUGCAUGUUCUUCUUGUCGUCCGGAACCGUCGCGGUUCUGACGCCGACUGGAAAGGAAAUGUGUCACUUGAGUGACGGUGCCUAUUUCGGCGAGAUCGCGCUCUUAGUGGCGGAUCAGCGUAGGGUCGCCAGCGUCAUCGCGAUCGAGGUCUGCGAAACGUAUCGACUCGAUCGUAAGGACUUCCGUCAAUGCAUAGACGUGAACAGCGAACUGUUCGCGGAGAUCGAGCGCAUCGCCACGGAACGCGUAGAAAAAACCGUCCGCGUCGAGGAACAACACAAGCGUUUCCUGAUGCGUCCGAGUCGCGUGCCAAAUUUACGCAGCAGGCCAACAAAAACCAGAGUUUAAGUGUAUAUCUCGAUUACCGAUUGUCUGCUUAAUCUUCUUUUAAUUGCCUCCUAUUUUCCAAGAAAUUUAAAUAAGCAUCAGUAAUUCCUCAUGUUGUAUAAUUGUUAAUUUUGAACAUUUCUUCGAAAAAUAUAUCU